UUUUUUUUUUUUUUGGAAUGUAAUAAUCGAAGUAGUAUGACCCUUCAAUAAAUCAAACGUAUAUAAGUAAUAUAUGUGAUACUUUGCAGUCAACUUCAUUGUUGAUGUACAUUUUAUAGAAUUGUCAAGCAUGUGUUGAUGUGAAAACGUGGGUUCGUCGAAUAUUCGCUGCAAAUUCGGGAUUUUUAAUAAACCAUGAAAUCAUCACAGCCAAAAAAAGAAGCUCGCCUAGAAAAGAAAAAGCGCAAAUUAGAGGCACUGGCCGAAAUAACAAAAUUAAACGAAAUUGAUAAGCAAAGCAAAAGUAAAAUGAAACAUGAUCUUGGUGAACCAAUUGCAAAGCGGCCAAAGGAAAGUGACACCGAACAAAAUGACAACGCAAACGAAUCUGACGUUCGUUCGGUUUUAUCCGAUGAAGAUUAUGCUCAGCUGAAACGUGAAUUAAAUCAUAAAAAACGUGAAUUGAAAAAUGUUCCCAAACUGCGCACAAAACUAUUUGGUGAAAUGGCAUUGUUGACCAUUCCGUCGGAAAAUCGAACGCCAAUUUUAUUCACGGAUAUUCAGCAUUUAAUAAUGUAUGGUUUAUUAGGCAGUACAUCACCAUGUGUACCAACCAGAUGGUGUCACUUGGAAAAAAUAAAUAAAAUCUCACACACCGUUGUUAUUUUGAUCGAUGGAUUAUCAUUAUAUCACUUUUCAUCAUACGAAUCCCAAUUAAAAUCAAUCGAACGAAUUUUCGAGCAUAAAUUUGAAGUUGUGAUGCCGUCGAGCACAAAAUCAACCGAGACAAUGGCAAAUGAAAUGAUGAUGGCGCCGUUGACCAAUAUCUUUCGCAGUGAUCUCGUCGAUAAAUAUGGUAGUUUAGAAGCAGCAAUCGAUUCAACUAAAAAUCCCGUUUUCAUGGUAAAUUCUAUAUUUCCAGUGUCGGACAACGCUAGCGAUAACGAUGAAAUCGAUUCGAAAAAUGGUACCCAAACGGUGAAAACUGAUGGUGAAGUAUUUUCGCGUACACAAUUACUGCUUUCUGCAUUGCAAAUGAUUGAUGAAGGCUAUCCAUUACCACUACGCGGUGAAUUGGCAAAUCGUUACAAAGAUUUUGUAAUGACAAAGGAUAAAUAUAAAGCGGUUACCGCACAAAGUCCAAUGUUUGGCGUCGAUUGUGAAAUGUGUCGAACGUCAGCCGGUGUGAAUGAACUCACACGUAUUUCGAUUAUCAACGAAAAUCAUGAGAGUAUUUAUGAAACUUUAGUUUGUCCACGAAAUAAAAUUGUUGAUUAUUUAACACCAUUUUCGGGUAUUACGCCUAAAAUGAUGAAAAAUGUCACAAAAACACUGACCGAAGUACAAAAUGACAUUCAAAAAUUACUGCCGGCCGAUGCAAUCUUAGUCGGUCAAUCAUUGCAUAGCGAUUUAAUGGCAAUGCGAAUGAUGCAUCCGUAUGUAAUUGAUACAAGUGUUAUAUUCAACAUAUCGGGCGAACGACGACGAAAAUCCAAACUACAAACAUUGGCGCAUGAAUUUCUGGGUGAAGCCAUUCAAAAGAAUCCAUUAGGUCAUGACUCAAUUGAAGAUUGUUCAGCAAGUUUGAAAUUAACUAAAUUGAAAUUACAAAAAGGUAUCGAUUUUGGUGAUGCAAUUCUUGUAAAUAAGCGUCGAGUAAACGAAAGAAAUCAAAUCGAAUCAACAGCCAGCGAAAGUAAAGAUGAAUCAACAGCAACAACUUCAACUGCAACCAAUAAAAUGGAUCGCAGCACGGCUGUUAUUACGUCUAACGAUAAAUUCAGCGAAAUAUACGAACGAAUUGUAAAACAAAAGAUUGACAACAGCAACAGUGAUAAUAAAAUUCACAUUUAUACAAAUUCAUCGAACAAAUGUGCGGUACAAAAAACGUGUGAAGUUGCUUUGAAUCAUGCACUGAGCUUAACACAUAUGUCCAUAGAGCCGAAAAAAUUGGACAACGAUAAGGUAGAAAAAACAAUUAAAAAGGUCGAUCAAUGGAUUGAAAAUGUAUGGCAAAGUGCCGCGCCAAACGCACUUUUUAUCGUUCUAUUUUCGGGACAACAUGACACACAAUCAAGCGGUGUUGCAAUGCUUCAAGUAAAAUCGAAAGCAUAAAGUCAAUAAUCCUGAACAAAAAAAAAACACACACACAUUAAUAUUGUUGUAAUAAAUUUUCAACGAAAUACAGUCAAUUUUUUAUUGAA